AUGGUGACCGCCGACAACGUCGAAGUCCCUAACCCCAAAGAUGGCAUUGAGCCCUCUCUUGACCAGUACAAGUCCAUUCGAGAUCAACUCAAACAAGCAUACGAACAGUCUGGCGAUUACCACGUGUCAGCAUGGCGCGACGACACCAUCGUUGAAGCCUCUGAACUUCCAGUGUACAUGCUGGUUCAAGGUGUCGAAUCCAUGCAGUCGGUCCACGACACAGCCAAGGAGAUCACGGAAGAGGAAAAGAAAGAGAUGAUUCUCCUUUUCAUCGGCGGUAUUCUCGGCUUCAUUCCAAUCGCUGGUGAGGAAAUCGCGGCUCUUGGCCUAGCAACACUUGGACGGAUUAUCAGGAUUGUCGGUGGCGUCGGAAACGCGGCUUUUGAUCUCUACGGAAUCGUGGAAUCGCCGGAGUCGGCCAUCUUCGCCGUUUUCGGGGGGUUGGUCAACCUCAGGAGUUUCGGUCAGGCUUCGGGCCCAGCCAGAAACAUGAUUCACGCCGGUCAGCAGGAGAAGCUGGGGCCUACGGUGAAAUCGAAGACGGAUCAAGUCAACAAGAUCAAGGUCGGUUGCAAGUAA